AUGGCGUCUGCUCUGAGUGCUCGCUACAGCCACCGGGCCGUGGUGAUGAUAGGGGGUCUACUGAGCAGCGCGGGGAUGGUGGCUGGGGCUUACGCCCAAAACCUGGUUCAACUUUACAUCACUGUAGGACUCCUAACCGGUAAGUGGUCUGACAGUAUAGAUACAAACACACAUAGAUCAGGUUGGCAGACCCAAAAAGUGACCACAUUUUCUAGCACCUUUUUUUUUUUUUUGAAUAACAAGUAGAUAAUACGCAUUUAAUUAAUCUCAAUACUCCUUACUUUCCAAACCACAAUAGAUAGAGAACAUAGUGUCCUAGGGCAGGGGGAGUUGGGCUCUUUGGUCUGCGCUUAAGGUUUAUCAUGACAGGUCAUGUUAAUCUCAGUCUCCCCAGACAGGGCAUUAUAAUUAUAAUUAUUUAUUUUAUUGCCAAAUUACGUUUUCUCUGUUUCUUUUUUCCAGGUUUGGGAUUGUUCCCAAUUUUUUCUGGUGUUCACUCUCAAAAACACACUUUUUAAAAUAAAAAAAACUACCAAAUUGGAUAUUAUAAGUCCACAAGAAUGCUAAAACCACAUCAGGAGACCAUUUUUGAGGUCUGGGGAAAAUCCGAUUUUUUGGGGGGUGAGUGUGUAGUUGUCCUUUAAUUCAAUUGUGCACCAGCUAGAGACCAUUGUUUGGCUAGCGCUAGCGGUCUGUAGCGGUUCUUGUAGCGGUGUUUCAUGUGAUGGGAAGAGUUUGCAAAACAAAUCCCCACCCGAUGAUACAAAUCAUCAUGAUAUCAUUCUGCCAGGUAGGCCUACUUUGCAGUCAACAUUUCAUUGGGAAGGUUUUUUGGGAAAGCCUUUUUAGAAAUGACUGUUUAGGCAUGCUAACUGGCUACACAACAACACACAGGCUCAUUGAAACAGACGUUACUUCUUCAGAAAGUUGCAGGAAAUACGAAUCACUGAUGCAUUCUGUUCAUGAUUUAUGAUAAAUUAGUGCAAUUUAACUCUGUUUCUAAUAAGCAACCCCCCCAACCCCUCUGAAUCAGAGAGGUGCAGGGGGCUACCUUAAUCGACAUCCAGAAUAUCGCUGAAAACCGAAGAGUUUGCAUCCCAAUCUUUCCUUAAAUUACUUAUUUCUCCAGUCACACAGACAGUGCUGUGGUCUUUACUUGCCCUGUAGGUUUUGGCUAUGCCCUGACCUGGACCCCCACAGUGACCAUGGUGGGCUGGUAUUUUGAGAAGAGGAGGCCCAUGGCCAACGCCCUCGCCAGUGCUGGAGAGUGCAUCAUCACCUUCCUGUUGACACCCCUGUUCCAGCUGCUGGUUGACCACUACUCCUGGAGGGGGGCCAUGCUGGUGCUGGGGGGCCUGCAGCUCAACCUGUGUGUUUGUGGGAUGUUACUGCGCCCCCUGAACACCCCCACUAAGCUGCCUCCCAAGGAGGUCAGAGAGGAGGAAGGGGACUUGACGUUGGAUGCCUUGCCCCAGACUAAAUCCAGCUCUGAGGGGACAGUGGAGGGUACAGGGAAGGCCCAAGCCCAGAAGGCCAGAAAGGAUGCGCUACGGAGCAAAGUCCUGCACUACGUGGACUACACACUCAUCACCAACCCCCGCUUCAUGGUCUACUCCAUGUUCGGGGUGUUUGCUGCUCUGGGCUUUUUUGCCCCGGCCCUCUUCCUUGUGCCCUAUGCCCGGAGCCAGGGAGUGGAGGAGUACCAGGCGGCUGCCCUCAUGUCCAUCUCAGCAGCUCUGGACCUGACGGGCCGGGUGUUCUUCGGCUGGGUGGCCAACCUGCAUCUGGUGGAGAUGGUGCAACAGCUGACUGCCACUGUGAUCCUGCUGGGUAUAGUGCUGCUGCUGUGUCCCUUGGCCUCCUCCUUCCCAGCGCUGGCUGCCUUCAGUGCAGCCUAUGGCCUGGUGUUCGGGGCCACCGUCUCCAUCCACAUCACCGUGCUGGCUGAGGUGGUAGGCGUGCAGCGGCUGGGGAGCGCCCUCGGCUUCUUCAUGCUCAUCCGCAGCAGCGGCGGCCUCCUGGGGCCACCCAUCGCAGGUGAGCUUGUCUGUCAUUAGCUCAAGGGUAUUCUCUAUGACCUUGUCUCUGGUUGUGCAAUUCCAGAAGGCAUUUGCUUAUAGAAAAUGUAACCAUGAGUAAUGAACCUUGUGUGAUUACUGUAACCAUGUUCUGGUUUUAACUGAACAUCACCUCAUGUAGCUAACCAUUGAGGGAUUUUAGCUCUUCCUUCGAAAGGUCAUCCUCCAGUAGAUUAUGGCUUUUACUAUCAUUCAUAUACAGAGAUCCUAUAUUCAGAGAAGGUGCACAAAUAUAUAUCAUUGUGCUUUACAGUUAAUUUCAUGGGCUAUUGAUCCCAUGAUAAAUGUAUUUCUCUGGGAUGGGUUUCCUCUCCAUUGACUUCCUCUUCUAACACACACGCUCCGCUCCAGCUCUUUGUCUGAAUGUAAAAUGAUGUUUCACAGACCUUGUGAACAACUGCACGCACAGCAUUGGGUAAAAAUAUAAAUAGCAAAGGCAUUCUUAAAUGUUAACUCUGUAUGAUCACAGUCCAAAAACAAACAAUACAGUCUAGUGGAAGAAUACCAACAGUAUAAUGGACAUGCCCCACCACCCUCAGAAAAGCUCUGAUAACCAUAGCAUUUGGGGUUGAUUACAGAGGUGGUAACAUUUUGCCCCUCUGGUCUAAACAAUAGCAGUAAAUAUAGGCUGUCAAAUCAAGGCUUGGCUUGGCACCACACAGCUCGGGGCAUGCCAGAAAGUGUCCUGCCUCAGAGCACAUUCAACACUACAUCAGGUGGAAAAACCUCUUAUGUCAAACUCUGGCCCGGUCGCCAAAUAAAAAAACAUGUGGCUAUAGCUAUUCCAGAAGACAAUUGACUGAGUUUAUAGUUUUCCUGUCAGUAAUAGAGAAGAGAAAUGCGAGUUGUUGAAGUUGGAGAGGCUGGAUUUCACUUUGGACAUCUGCAUGGGAGGAAUGUAGUUCUCACAUAACGAUCCAUGUAAUUGCAUUGUAAAUUAAUGUAGGCCCUGAUGCAGUUUGUAAGAGGGAAGCACACUGUUUCUCGGCCAGGGGCGUCCACCAGUUGAGGGAAAAAGGGAGAGAGACGCGCGAGAGAGAGAGAGAGAGGAGAGAGAGGAGAAGAGAGAGAGAGAGGACGAGAGAGAGAGAGAAGAGAGAUGAGCGAACGAGAGAGAUGAGCGGAGCAGAGAGCUAGAGAGAGAGAGACCUGCGAGACAGAAGAGAGAGAGAGAAGAGAGCGAAGAUCGAGAGAGCGAGAGUAGAGCUAGAGAUCUCCUCUCUCUCUCUCUCUCUCUCUCUCUCUCUCUCUCUCUCUCUCUCCUCUCUCUCUCUCUCUCUCUCUCUCUCUCUCUCUCUCUCUCUCUCUCAUAUUAAACACUACUGCUGAGAGAGAGGGAGUGGGGGGGGGGGGCUUAGCAGAGAGACUACAGCCCAGGGAACAUUAUCAACACAAUUAAAGCUCUUUGGAUUAGCACGGUAUCAAAAUAUCACAUCUCCAAAUUCUGUUUCAAGUUCAUUUAAAAGGCCAUUAAGAUACAGAAAAUCUAAGUUGUAUGUUGAUUUUCCCUUCCCUUAUGUUCCGGGGGCAAUUUGACCCGGAACAGAGUUUGAAAUCACUAAAAUAAUAUUUUACGUUACUUUUCCACCAUGACCCUUCUACUUUCCUAACUAUGGAUCUCAAGCUUGUAAAACAUGUAAUAUACAGUACCAGUCAAAGGCAUCAAAACUAUGAAAUAACCCAUAUGGAAUCAUGUAGUAACCAAAAAAGUGUGUCCUAGAAACAAGCUGCUUUCUGAACAAGAAUGUUGCAACCAUUAUACGUGUGAUUUUCCUGAGCAACACUAAUCUGAAUCCAAUUUUAGUCAAGUCAAUUUGACCUUGACCUUUGUGCUAGAGACUAACGGUCUUAUGUGCAGUAAAGAUCUAUCCAUGAUGAUCAUAAGGAUAUAAGUAUGUUUUCCCUGUGGUAUUCAGAGGCCGAGGGACAGUGAUCUGAUGUUUGGCAAAACAUUGGCAGAAAAUGACACAGAUGUCAUAAAAUGUCAUAAUUUGAUUGAUUUAUGUCUUUGGUACAGUAAUCAAACAUUUGGCAAAGAAAAUUGAACAGUUGGGUCUAUCAACUCAGGGGGAAAAGCAUAUGAAAGAGGACAUUCUCAGCUCCUGAAAAAUACAGUUUAGGAGGUUAAAAUCAUACAUUUAUGAGCUUGAUGUACCUACUGUACGGGUCAAACUGACCCGGAACAUAAACUGUGUUGGCCAAAUUGAACAUAAGGGAAGGGUUAAAAGCAAGAUAUGGGUUGGUCUGUGGUGUUCUUAAACAGCUUAGUGUGUGGAAAUAGUAAGCAAUCAUUAGUGAGGGGAACAAAUUCCUUAUAUCCCAUAAUUAUGAAAGAUUACUAUAAUACAUGCAUGGACAUGGUAAUAAUUGUGUCCCAUCUUUUCUUCACCCAGGAUUCUUUAUAGACAAGAUGAGUGACUAUGGGACAGGCUUCCUCAUGGCAGGCGUGGCCCUCAUCGUCUCUGCCCUCUUCCUGCUCCUGCUGCACCAGAUGAACCGCAGGGCUCAGGGGUCAGCCAGGAAGGGACAUGCGUGA